CACACACACACACACACACACACACACACACGGUUCUGGCGUCCAAACAACAUCAAUGUCAUUAUAAACUAUUACAGCACUUACUCAGAGUGACACAUAGCACAGCUUUUAGCCUCAUCGUUGCAGUUAGAAGUUUAGGAAUUAUUAUUAUUAUUUUUUUUUAGCCUUUAUGUUUAUGCCAGUUUUAAUAAUUUUAGCAUUUCAACUUUUUUGUAAAAAGUUACUACUUUAAUCUUAGUACUGUUUUCAUUUAAUUUAUAGUGCUUUUUACUUUACAAAUCAUUGCAAACAACUUUACAGAAAAUUAAGUUUCAGUGGAACCUGUAUCUCCCCACAGCUGCUCACUUCAUCGAGUACUACCUGCGAUGGACCUGCAUGACGGCUGGCCGAUGGUAUGCAUGGAGAAGACUGUGCAGUACAUGCGUACACCUGGGAGCAGCUGCUGCCCUGCGUGGAGAGACUUCUACUUGCUCAUGACAGUGACGUAAAGGAAGCAAACAAACAGAAAUGCCCACAGCCGAGUGCUCAGCCUGCACAGAUGAUGUAUCCCGUCCAGGGACCGAGCGUGUCCUUGCAUCAGUACAUGCAGCGGCCGAACACACAAUACAUGCAGCAGAGCUGCCAGCCGCUGGUAGUGUCCUCUCAAGGUCCUGCGACAUAUCUGACACAUACGGCCUCAAUGCAGGUCUCCACGGCACCUGUGCAUGGGCUCACACAGACACAGAGCAUGGAUGCUAAGGUCAACAUACCAGGCAGAGCUUACCAGAUGAACCCGCUGUACCCCUGCGCUGCUCCCUGCUUCGACAGGUGAUGAAACCGGACUGAAAAGCAUC